AUGGAUCUUAUCGUUGUGUGUUCAUCAUCCGACAAACUAAAAGACACAGUAUUACAGGCUGGUGGUAGCACAGUAUUAACAGAAUAUCAACAAAAAAUAAAAUCCAAUUCCGGUUCACCAAUAUCUGUGGCAGCUGGACAACUAUCAUGCAAAAAAAUACUUUUUGUACAUUGGAAACCGAACAACAACGAUGCUGCACUUCACCGUCAAUCAAUUCACGAGUUUGUUUCAACGGGAAUUCAAUAUGCAAUCAAUGAAAACUUUAUUACCGUAGCAUUUCCAGCUAUGUAA